AUGGGGUGCAACAUCUCUGUGGAACAGCUGAUGGAUACAUUGUUCAUUGUGACAUUUAUUGGAUUAGAUAAUUCAGGCAAAUCAAAUAUAGUUCAUAAACUUGUUUCUACUGAUGGAUCAGAAUAUGUUCCGGUUCCAACAGCAGGUUGUGAGUUUUAUAAUCUCUCCAGUAGUGGCUUAAAAAUAGUAGAUAUGGGCGGAAUAGGCAAAUACCGUGAUCAAUGGCCAAGUUAUAUCAAACAAAGUGAUGGCGUUGUAUUUGUUAUUGAUAAAUCAGAUCAUAUUAGAAUGAGUCGUGUUAGAGAAGAAAUUGCUGAAGUAUUAGAGCUUGUUUCUAAACUUAGUAUUCCAAUUCUAAUUUUAGCUAAUAAAUCGGAUUUAGAUCAGAUGCUUAACGAACAGGACAUUGCAUCAAUAGUUCAGAUUUCAGAAUAUCAUGUUGAAUACGAAAUUAAACUUUGUUCGGCAAAAACGGGCGAAGGAAUUACUCAAGGACGCGAUUGGCUUAUGAGCCACAUGAAACCUAAGCAACAGACAAUGCAGCAGCUACCAAUUUAA